AUGGCCAGACGUGGCAAUAAGAAAAGGGAGGGAGGAGAGAAGAAGGAAACAACAAUAAAGGGCGGCGACGAAGGUCAACCGCCAGUCAGUGUCAAAGGGCUCACGGGUGGGAUACAGACGAACCCAAGGACCGGGACGGGCUGGGAUCCCGUAUCGCUUUUAUACCGGCGCCUGGCACGUCGAGAGGAAGAGCGCAAGAGCACCCGAAAAGAUUAG